AUGCCCAUGCAUCUGUGUCUCCCCGCGAUUCUUCAGCGGGUUCUCGCUGUUCUUCUGCCCCUAUCCCUAACGUCGCUUUGCUACCUCUAUCUUUACCCCUUAUUCCACGGAUGCGCCUUUCCUCUUCCAGCUACUACAAACGUCCGCACCGGCAUCUACCCUCCUUAUACCAGCGAUGCAUUUCUAAAUACCGUUCGAGAUCACAUCGGGCUACGCAACCGAGCACAAGAAACGCCCAUACUAGCACCAUUCCGUUUGCUAGUUCUUGCCGAUCCACAACUUGAAGGCGACACUUCCCUACCAAAAGCCGGUGAAGGGUUCAUACCACAGCUUAGAAAGCAUUGGAAGGAUGUGAUAUCUGCGGGUACGGGUGUGGCGUUCUUCCAUGCGGUUGGGGACAGUUUUCGAGAUGUGGUCUAUAUGGAUAUCCCGCGACUAGCGAAUACGCUCCGCAAGCAGCUCGAUCUUAUAGGGAACGACUAUUAUCUGGCGCAUAUAUACAGAACGUUACGGUGGUGGAGUCGUCCUACACAUGUUACUGUUCUGGGGGAUCUAAUCGGGAGCCAGUGGGUAUCAGAUGAAGAGUUUGGGAUACGCUCGUCGCGAUAUUGGAAUCGGACUUUUCGUGGAGGCGUGAGGGUUCCUGAUGAUAUUAUGGCUACGGGGGAGGCUGGAUAUACCCAAAAAGUGCAAAAGGGUGUGUCUGGAGAAGUUAUACUUGACAUUGAGCCCGAUACUUGGUCUAAUCGAAUUAUUAAUAUUGUUGGAAAUCACGAUAUUGGUUAUGCUGGUGAUAUCUCUCAGCAGCGAAUGGAUCGAUUUGAUAGAGAAUUCGGUCGUGCAAAUUGGGACGUUCGAUUUAAUUUGCCAGCUGCAGAGUUGGGCCUCGAAGCCAACAAUACUGAUAACAUGCCGAGAUCAGUCCCUUCUAUACAUCUGGUUGUCCUUAACACUCUCACCUUCGACACUCCCGCGCUUGACUCUUCAAUCCAAGGCCAGACAUAUCAAUACCUCAAUGGUGUUAUCGAUAGAUCACGCCCGGUCGAGGACCGCACGACGUUUACUCUAUUGUUGACUCACCUCCCACUCCAUAAAAAGGAGGGCACCUGCACUGACCCCCCAUAUUUCUCUUUCCAUGAGAGAGAUGAUGAGCGUCUAGACGGUGGCGAGCCGCGAUUUAAGGCUGGAGGUCUGAAGGAGCAAAAUCACCUAAGCGACUACGUUAGUCAUACAGGUAUCCUACAAGGCAUAUUUGGGAUGUCAGGGGACACCGCUUCUCCUAUCGGUGGAAAGGGACGGAACGGUUUAAUUCUAACUGGUCAUGACCACACCGGAUGCGAUGUUGUUCAUUACGUGGACAGAGAGACGGCUAGUGAUGGUAGUAGAACUGACGCUGAGGGAAGCACGCCAGCCGCUACUUGGUCAUGGAACGCAAAGAAAUAUUCCCGGGAAUCAUCUUCAAAAGUAUCAGAAUCAGCCAGUGCCUCUGAUCCAGCUACUGCACCUUCAUCCUCUCCAUCUAUCCGAGAGGUUACUCUACGCUCCAUGAUGGGAGAAUUUGGAGGCAAUGCUGGACUUCUAUCUGUCUGGUUCGAUGCCGACCCCUCCGUCCAAGAAUGGAAAUAUGAAAUCACCACCUGCCAGCUAGGGGUUCAGCAUAUCUGGUGGGCGGUUCACAUCGUUGCACUAAUAACAUUCAUAGUUGCUUCGGUGUGGAUAGCUAUGUUGGUGGUUUGCGGAAAGUCCGUUGUCCAAGAGCAUAAGGCCUCGAUGCUGAAACCACCAAAUGAAAUGUCACCGAGGAAGAGAAAAUCAAGGAGUAAAUUACGUUCGGGAAAGGGCACACCCAGGAGUUCGACGCCUAAGAGGCAAUGA